UGUGCAAGCCCAAAAGACAUGGAAGGUGAGAGAAUCUUGAAAAAUAAAUGUCACAAGAGAGAUGAGAUGCCCAUGCCUCUUUCACUUGGUACAAACCAAGAAAAUCUCGUUGAAAUAUAAUAUAUACUAAAUAAUAUAUAAAUGUAUUCUCUUUAGAUAGUGUGUUAUCUUUUCUCUCCUCUCUCCUGUACUGUAAUAAAAUCUUUCAUAUGGCGAAAUGGGAAAGAAAUGAUUGACUCAGAAACUUGGGGGAGAGAGAGAGAGAGAGAGAGAGAGAGAGAGAGAGAGAGAGAGAGAGAGAGAGAGAGAGAGAGAAGUACAUAGAAAGAAGAAUAAGGUUCUUCUCCAAUGGCAGUAAAAAGAUUCCAGCUUUAAUUCUCUGGGGUCCUUCAAUUCUUGUCCUUUUACUUCAGAAGAUUUUUACAUUCCAGCUUUAAAGAACUCUGGAACAAAGAAUCUCUGUGUGAGAAAUGGGAACUAAAAUACGAGCUAAUACUUUAUUACGGGAAUACCCUCCUAUGGGGCCCCACUAUCUCGGAAACCAAUCGUUUCAAAAUGACCCGGAGAAAGUGAGGCAGACAAUUCUCGAGCAUGAAUCGAUUUUCAGACAACAGCUUCAAGAAUUGCACCGUGUUUAUAGAAGACAGAAAGAGCUGACGAACGAAGUCAAACGGGGCGGUGUUUUCCCAAACGGAACAUAUGAACUCGGAUUUCCUAAAAUGCCCCUGGUCGAUCAGGCCUCGUACAAUAGAGACACUAAAUUAUCUCUAACUACUGUCCAAACAUCAUCUCCGUGUAAUAACAAUGCCGAUGCUUCUAUGUAUAAUUUGUACUUCAAAAGAACCGAUUGUCAUACGGGAGAUUUAAGGAUAACCAAUCCAAUAGAUGGAGAAGUGUCGGCGAAUUCAUGUUCGAAAUUUAAUCUCGUGACGAAAGAUCUCUUGAAAAAUUCCAUCAUUGGAACGAACGAAAAGAAUGGGAAAGAGCAUUUGUACGAUGGUCUUUCUGAAGGGAGGAGAUAUGAUCGCGAGCCACUUGCAUCUCCUGAAUCGCUACUAUUGGCUGAGCCGAAAAAGGAAUUCUUGAAUCGUCGGAGUAAGAAAAUUUUUGGGGUCGAGAUUUACGAAGAAAGUGAUGAUUUAUUCGAUUUCAAUCCACCUAUGUCAAGUACUUUGGGUCCGAAAUUCGGACCAAAACAAGAAAAUCACCGUGUUGUCUCUUUCGAGCCAUCCUCUUGGAUCGCUAGUACGUCCAUGCAAAAAUUCAAUCUUGAUGGCAAAAACGAACAUUCGAAGGCAGUUGAAAGAGAACCCGUGAAAUAUUUCGAGAAUUCGAACGAUAUAAACUCGAAAAAAUCGGAAAUUUCGAAGAACGAUUCAGAAAAUCAAAAUCGAGGGUUACCUUGGUUUCUUCGAACUUCACAAGUUAGUAAUGAUAUGAGCAAAGAGAAGAAGAGUUCUUAUUUUAUGAAUAUGGACUCUUUGCAGAAUUGUUCUAUGGAUUUUUUCAAGAAAGCUGAAGUACCCGACGGAACCUUCCGGACUUUGAAGCCAAAAACGGAACUCUCUCCAAAGAUUCUCGGUUUUCCAAUUUUCGACAUGGUUCAAAGUUUUAAGGAUCUAAAUUCCGAUGACAAAAAUGUCUCAAAGGCUAAUUCGAUGCAUCAUAUCGACUUGAACAUGUCUUUGGACGACGAGGAAGAUGCCACGUCAGCAAUUUCCGAAAUCGCCACCACAAAUGCAUCUCCUAAAGAAGUCAACACAGAGAAAUUAACCGACAUUUCUUACGAAGAGCGUGACAGAAUCGCAGCCGAGGCCAUAAUCACCAUGUCAUCAACGCCAUCAUCCGCAGAAGUCGAAUCGAGCAGUAAUAAUAAUAAUAACAAUAAUCUCGAAUGGUUUGCCGAAAUCGUUUCUUCGCAAUACAGCGACGAAAUGGACGAAUUCGAACUCACGACAUUGAAAUUAGAGGACACAAAAGACGAGCACUAUCACUACACGCCGUUCGAGCUAUAUAACAACCCUCCAACCGAUGAUGACAACCGAGCGAGUUUAUCCAAAUCGUCUCGAAGAGGGCAGUCGAGAAGAGGGAGGCAACAAAGAAAGGAUUUUCAGAGGGACGUACUCCCGGGUUUGAUCACGCUGUCACGUCGACAGGUGGCGGAGGAUUUCCAGACGUUUGAAGAGCUGAUGAAAGGGGAACAAGGCGGCAACUGGCAGUUGAGACUGUCUCAACGGGGGUCUGUGAGAAACGGUAGGGGGAGGAAGCGUUUGAAUACUACUACGUGUUCGGCCGCGAAAACGGUUUGCUCGACUGAAACGGAGCGACCCGUUUGCGAAAUGGAGCAGCCCGUUUGUGGAAUCGAAGAGAGAAACGGUUUGAGUGGAUGGGGGAAGAGGACUAGGAGGUUGCCUAGGCAGAGGUGUGCUAAUGCUGUUCUUUCUUUUACAGUUAAGUGCUGACAGAGUUUCUUGAUCAAGAUUCCUUUUUUUUUUUUUUUUUUUUUUUAAAAUACCAAUUUAUGUGAAUAUAUUAUUAUUAUGAAGUUAUAGAAUUCUAUUUUUAAUAAUUCAUAUGAAUUUGAUGCCAUUUCUUAACCAAUGCAAUAUGUAAUGCUCA